AUUAUGAUCGUUGGAGACUCUAUCUCACAGGGCCGCAAUGGUGAUUUCACUUGGCGUUACCGCCUCUGGGAGUGGUUUCAUAACAAUGGCGUGUCUGUGAACUUAGUAGGUCCAUACACAGGAACAGUUGAGCAGGAUCCUGUCCAACCUGCCACUCCUCCACUCCCAUAUGGCCAAGACACGCAGUCAGGCCCCGGGCCUGUACGCCAGCUUGGUGGAUACAACUCCGGUAUUCCUUCUAAUUCUGGAUUUUUCAACGGAGGAAACCGUCAUUUUUCAGCUUGGGGGCGCCAAAUGGCCCAAGAUAUGAGCCUCAUUCAAGGAAUGGUCUCACAAUAUCAACCAGAUUAUAUUCUGCUUGAACUCGGCUUCAAUGAUGUUGGCUGGUUCGUAAGUGAUGCUUAUGGAACAUUGCAGAGCUUGACGGCUUUCAUCAAGAAUGCUCGCGCGGCCAAACCAGACAUCGGGUUUGCGAUUGCAAAUAUUCCUCAGAGGCUUUUCAUCGGUGGCCGUGAUGAUCUCAUUACCAAGACUGAUGAUUAUAAUGGUGCCUUGCCUAGUUUGUUUCUAAGUCUGUCUACCGCCGAAUCCCCCAUUAAACUAGUCCAAUUUCGCGAAAACUAUUCUUGCAAUCCUGAUGGAUGUCCUGCAGGAUCUGAUGGCUUGCAUCCUAAUGCUUUGGGAGAGUUCCAGAUUGCAAAAGCAUUUGCAAACACCCUCUCUCAGGGAUUCAAUUGGCCCGGCAAUGCUUUCGUUAUCAACGGCACUAUUCCUGCACGGGCUUGCAGUACACCCGUCAAUGUCAAAGCCACUCCAAGCACUUGCGGAAUCACGGUGACGUGGGAUCCGGUAGACGGCGCCUAUGGAUAUAUUGUGACGUCUGGGUUCAACGGCGCCGUAAGUUCCGUAUUCAACGUAACCCAGCCAAUGUAUGCCACAACAUGGACUGCUGCUGGUAUUGAGUGGUUUUACCAAGUCCAGGCGUUUUGUUCAGACGUUCGCUCAGGAAUAAGUGGUCAAGUCACAGCAACUGCAAACCCAACGUGUGCCCCAGGCCCUUCCAAUGUUGUUGUCAGAUCCACUGCAGACGGGAUCGACAUGUCAUGGGAUGCUGUUACAGGAUAUGACGUUGAUGUAUACGGCGCCAUCUAUUAUGAC